AUGGAGAGGAAGCAGCCUCUGGAUUUUUCUUCCUACUUUUAUUUUGAAGCCUCUGGUGACUCUGAACAAGAUGAUUGUGACCCUCCCACCAUGGGUGGCUACGCUUGUGACAUAUCCAUGGCAGUUGGUGGCUAUCAUGAUGAUAACGAUGAUGCUCUAUCAUGCAACUACGAUGGAUCCGCUGCUGAAUUGGAUCAGGAUGAGGGUCACUCUUAUUGCAAUGAAGAACAUGAUGAUGAUGAGAAGAGAAGUGAUAUCUAUGGAAUGUCGUAUUGUGAUGAUGAUGGGAUGCAAGAAGAACAGAUGAAGUCCUAUGUGUCUUUCGAUUCAAGGCAGGAGUUUGUGGAUGAGAUGGAAAAGAACAAGCUGUUCUGGGAAGUUUGUUUGGCAUCUUAA